AUGCUAUUCACCAUUUUCUUGAUCUUCUUCUUCCACCUCUUCAGCAUUGCCAUAGGCAGUGCUGUGCCUUUCCAAACUAUGGGCGAACUUCUUGCCACUGAGAUUGAACUGACAGAGUUCAUGGUCGCUCGACCAAAUAUCACAGUCGAUACUCAAAGCGGCAAUUGGACGAUUGAAGACGUCAAUGGCCUGCCUGUUGCUCACGUCAGUAGUGAGAUUAAAACGCAGUUAGACGCUCGUUUAAGGCCCAUGGAGGUUUAUACAUAA